AUGUCGGCCACUGAACAUUGCCAACCAAGUCAAUGUAGUGGAUACCAAAGUGAAUCGCCCAUAGCCACUGUAACAGCUGCUCAACUGGCGGAACCGCUACCACAUAGCCAUAGUAAACAACCCAUUAUACUACUAGACAGUUCAAGCUGUGAUCCACCACUGUACGGCCCGGGCUCCACGCUUCGAUGUACCAUAAUGAAGGUUCCAGAAAGCACGUUAAAUUAA